AUGUUGGACAAGAUUGAGUCGAGUGGCAGACAUUGCACACUACACUGCACUGGCGCAUACAUCCAUUCUGGGAUCAUCUCCUCUUCCAUCGCCCAGACAGACUUUGUCCGCCAUUUCGGAAAUGGAACCCUGGCGGACAAUACAGCAGGUGGAAUAGUUUCCUCGUUCACUGGAGGGGCCAUCGUCUCAUCACUAUGCCUCAAUGUCCUCUCUGACAGAUAUGGCAGACGUGCUGCUAUCUUCACUGGCGCAAUUCUCGCGUGCGUUGGAGGGGCGUUGCAGGGCGGUGCGAACAGCGUCGCCACCGUGAUUGUCGGUCGGGUCAUCGCUGGCCUUGCGAUCGGUCUCUUGUCGGCGACGAUACCCAAUUACUGCUCGGAGGUAGCUCACCCGAAGUUUAGAGCCUUGCUGGCAGGUUUGCAACAAUGGAACAUUGGUCUUGGAUUCGUGUGCGCCCAGUGGAUAGGCUAUGGAAGCUCGCUGGUCGAAGGGCCCUUCAGCUGGAGGUUUCCUCUCUCUAUGCAAGUGCUGCCCGCCGUGGUUCUCGCGGCCGGGGUCUGGUUCUUGCCCGAGUCUCCACGAUUCCUUGCGGAACGUGGAGAGCUAAGGAGCGCGCACGCCGUGCUCAGUCGACUACAUCACGACCCUGGUCUCGUCGAAGCCGAAUACCAACGGAUCCAGGACAACCUUGAGGCCGCACGCGACUCCCGCAUGGGUUGGCUUGAUUUGUUUCGAGUGCCAAGUUUACGACGGCGUGUGUUGUUGGCUUGUGGGAUCCAACUCUUCACCAUAUCGAGUGGUAUAAAUGUCAUAAACUAUUACGGACCACGGAUCUACGCCUCUUUGCACUUCAGCACUAGCAGGAGCCUCAUGAUCAUCGGCAUCUAUGGUGCACUGGCCCAGGUGUAUAACACCGUCUGCAUCGCGUUCGUGGAUCGAGUCGGACGAAGGCAGCUGUUGAUCCCGUCCAUGAUAGGCAUGGGAGCUGCACUCUGUGUCAAUGCUACUCUGGCACACUAUUACAUCGACGGGAACCAGGCGCCUGGUGGCAAUGGUAACGCGUUGCGUGCGAGUGUGGCUAUGUAUUUCGUCUUCUCGGUCUUCUUCACGAGCGUUGGGUGCAUCUCUUGGAUUUUUUCCAGCGAAGUGUUUCCCACAGCAGCGCGCGCCAAAGGCACCUCCUUGUCCACGUUCACAAAUUGGGCGGUCAACCUGAUCUUUGCCCAAUGCUCGCCUAUUGCGCUCACAAAGAUGGGGUAUCGCUACUUCUACCUGUUCACCGCGUUCAACUGGACCGCAGCAGUUGUUGUGUAUUUCUGUUAUCCCGAAACACAGGGUCAUACUCUCGAGAGCGUAAACGAGUUGUUCGGCGACCUGCAGUCCAGGCAGGAGAUGGAUUCCGGCCGGAGUAUCAAUGCUGCCGUGGAUGUGGAGAAAGUGAUGGUGCCCGAUCAGGCAGUUUCGGCCAAGGCAGCAUCCUGA